UCUAUAGCUUAUAUGUCUCUUUCUAGCAUUCUUAUUAUAUGUUUUAUUAUAUUUUACAAAUAAUUUUAUUUAUUAAUAUGUAUUUUACAACUUCAUAAUCUAAAUGUUAUUUAAUAUUUGCAUAAAAUUUGUUAUCUAAUGUUUUUUAAACAAAUUAAUAAAGUGUACACAUUUGUUUACCACACCUCUACAAAACGCCAAAAAUUCUCUGGAAUUCGACUUUUUAGUGGAUUUUUUAAUAACAUGAAGAUUGGAACCCAUGAUGGUGUGUUUCACUGUGAUGAAGUACUUGCUUGCUAUAUGCUCAAGAGGCUGCCUCAAUACAAAGAUGCCGAGAUUGUUCGAACAAGGGACCUGGAGAAAUUAAAAGAAUGUGACAUUGUUGUGGAUGUUGGGGCAGUUUUUGACCAUGAGAAGAAGCGGUAUGACCACCAUCAGAGGGAAUUCAAUGAAACUCUAAGUUCUUUGAAACCUGCACUUGGAGACAAAUAUAAUAUAAAAUUAAGCUCAGCUGGCCUGGUGUAUGCAUAUUAUGGAGAGCAGUUAUUACGAGAAUUAGCACCAAAAGAAACCCCAUUAAGCCCAUCUGACUUGAGUAUUAUUUAUAAAAAAGUUUACGAAAACUUAAUAGAGGAAAUAGAUGCCAUAGACAAUGGAGUGCCUAUGACUGAGGAAGAGCCGAAAUACAAAAUCCGCACGCAUUUAAGUGCUAGAGUAGGCCGUUUGAAUCCCGAAUGGAAUAGUAACCAGCAGAUUGAUAUUAAUGAAGUAUUUAAAAAAGCCAUGGUGCUAGUGAGCGAGGAAUUACUACAUAUUGUUAAUUUUUUUAUUUCCGUCUGGCUACCGGCACGGGAUUAUGUCAAAUCAGCCAUAGACAAACGAUUUGAGGUCCACAGUUCAGGUCAGAUAGUAGAGUUCACAGAAAGGUUUCCGUGGAAAGAGCAUCUGUUUGAUUUGGAAACCGAGAUGGAACUUGGCCAUGAAAUCAAGUAUGUUUUGUUCAAUGACAAGCCUCGGUCGUGGAGGGUCCAGGCGGUGCCAGUUAGCCCCACAAGUUUUAUACUCAGAAAACCUCUCUGCAAAAGUUGGUGGGGUGUACGUGAUGACAUUUUGAGUAAUGUCGCUCAAAUCGAAGGCUGCAUCUUCUGUCACAGCACAGGGUUUAUUGGAGGCAAUGUGUCCAAAGAGGGCGCUCUAAAAAUGGCCAUAGCUAGUUUAAAUGCUGAAACGUAGUAUGCAAAUAUAACACGAGAUGGCGACUUUGUACAGUCAUAAACUCUGCUUAAUUUGGCGCUAUGUGAUAUAUCCAAUGAUAUUUAUUUAUUUUUAUCUACCAGGCUACCUUUGUCUCACCAAUCCCUUAAUAGCAUGGUUGCUUAAAAUUACUGGUAAUACAAUUUAUGAGCUCUACUAGAUAUAUGGCUAUUCUGUCGUUAGAAACGUUAUCGCUACCACGUGCAUGAGAUAGAACGAGACAGAAACAUCCAUCGUCUUGUUCUUUCUCAUACGAGAGAUAAUAAUUGAAUUCGUUUGCUGCUUGUUAAGAAGGAUCAUCGGUAAUGCGUGAGAGAUGAUACCUCUAAUGUAACUAGUUGCCGUCACCCCUCACCAUCAGGCGGACUGUAUGCUAGAUAGGCAGCCACGUUGCUUAUAGAAAAUGUCUUAAUUUUUUAAUUGACUUCAAAAAGAAGGUUCUCAGUUCUGGUGUAUUUUUUUGUUUUUUUUUUUUUUCCUCAUAACUCUGUCAGUUCUAAAUCACUACAUAGUAUAAAAUAAAGUCGCUGUCGCUGUCUGUCCGUCCCUGUAUAUGCUUAAAUCUUCAAAACUACGAAACGGAUUUCGAAGCGGUUUUUUUUUAAUAGUUAGAGUGAUUCAAGAGGAAGGUUUAUCUGUAUAAUACAUGCAUAAUAUUGUAGAGAAACACUGAUAAAAGAGGUUUCUAAUGUGAUGUCGUAAAUAAACACAUUUUUUUGCGUUUACAUUGCAAACGCUGGCUGAACCCCACGAGAUAAAUCAAAAUAAUGUACUACAGUAUUCUACACCUUAAAAAGGUCAACAAAAAAGUCCGCAAUGGUAUAUGUCUAUCUAGGUAGGUAUAUUUAGUAUCAACAUUGCACCCGUGCGAAGCCUGGGCGGGUCGCUAGUUUAUUUAUAUAUAUAUAUUUUUUUUAUCUGAAGGAUAUACUUACAGAGUGGUCCCAUAGAAAUUUUAUCAAAAUCGGUUCAGCAGUUUAGUUUUUAGAUAAAAAUAACUGUUUUCGUCAGAAUUGAAGUGUGUUUUUUUUUUGUGAAACACAAUCUUCAAUUAAUAAUAAUCUAUUUCAACACAAUUUAAUGAAAAUGUAAACAAACCAAUAAUUUAUUUGUCUAUAAGCCAGUCUGCUAAUGUCCAAUAAUAGUGCAAAUCAAUAAUUUGUUAAUUAAUUUAAUGGUUUGCAUUUAUAAUUUCAUAAUAAUUAAUUUAUAAUUGCAUAAUUUCCUUCGUAAAGUGUGUCAGUAAAAUUUUUUUUUAAUCUACAUUUAAUUUGGGAUUUUUGUUUUUUUAACAUGUCAAUCCCAUAUCAAGAAAACUUGUUAAGGUACAUUUUCAUUAGAUUUUGUUGAAACAUAUCAUAUUACGUUCGACAUUAUAUGUAUGGUACAUGAAUUAUUUUAUUUCAAUUAUACAAUAUGUUUGUAUUACUAUAUGUGUAAAGUAAACCGAUUUAUCUAUAUACAGUAUGUUAAUUAACGUGUUCUAAUCUUUAAAACUGGUGUUACUAUUCAUUAAUACGAUCGGAGAUUUUUUUUUUUCUAGAUAAACAAUUAUAUUACAUCCCAUUACUAACAAUCCCUUACCCCCACAUUCCUUAUAGUGUGUAGUGCUGUUUAUACAGAUGUUCUUUUUUCAAAAAAUUCAAUUUGUCUUUUUAAAUCCUAGGAAAAAGAAAAUUUUCUGACCCAAAUAAUGAACACUAAAGGGGGAAAGGGAUUGUUAGUAAUGGAGACUGAGAAUCCCAUUGCUAGCAAUAUACCCAACCAGGUCGACCUCCUCGCGGUUCUCCCUGGAAACUAUCAUGGUUAAUUCCUGAUGAAUUCAUCAUGAUGGGCUAACUGGCCUGUUUUUAUUUUCAUCUAUCACCCUUCACUGGUGCUCCACCAGCGUAUCCCGUUAGCGCAGACGGGGUUACCAUACCAUUUUCACCCAUAAAAAAAAAAUGAACACUAAUACUAGUAUUAAGAAAUAGAUUAUGUUACUUAACACACUAUAUCUAAGUAAUGCCUUUUAUAAAUUGAGACUGGACUUAAAUAAAAAAAAAAAAAAAUUAUUAUGCAUAAUAUAAAAUGCAAAUGUGUGUGUGUGUGUGUGUGUGUGUGUGUGUGUAAUGUAUUAUAUAUAGUAAAAUUACUAUUUUCCCUGUUAUAUAUUGGUAUUGUAAUAAAAAAAUAUUUUAAUUUAGACUAUAAGUCCUUAGAACUACUACCAAUAUGGCGGACGGGGUUCCACUUUUUGCCGCUUCACAGUUAAGUUGGUUGCACAUAGGAAUUUUUUUUUUUUUAAAGAAAAAUAUAUGAUUGACAUAAUAAAUAUUUUGUAUGAACUGUGAAUAA